AUGACUCGUGCGUCGACUCGCCAUAACUCCAUGGAUAAUCGCAUUAAGAGCACUGAAGCCCUUGUUGGUGAGAUUUUGAACCAGUUCGAUUCUUUGGAUUCGAAGUAUGAUCAGCUUUGUAAGGAGUUCUCCAAGCGUUCUGAUUCCACUUUGCACUCGCCUGUUAAUGACGACAUUGGUGAUCGUCCACAUGAUUUUUUGAUUCCAGGCCCCAUGCGACCGCCAUUGAUGAAGAUUGAAUUUCCUCAAUUCUGUGAUGGUGAUGGUCCAUUGGGGUGGAUUUACAAAAGGGAGCAUUAUUUAGAUUAUUUUGCUGUUCCGAACAAUUGGAAAGUUUGUAUGGCUUCCUUUCAUAUGGAGAAUGAAGAGUUGAAGUGGUUUCGAUGGCUCGACUGUGUUCAUACUCAUCCUAAUUGGGAGGAAUUUACUAGGGUUUUUUGUUAA